UGCUUAUUCUUUUGCUACUUCCAGACUAACAUUCACAGCAUAUUUAGCCGAUGGUGAAGUCAAGUCAAAGAGAGCUAGGUAAUAUCAGUCCGGUAGGUGGCAGCACUCGCUGCUCGUCGGGUAAGAGACGUUCUGUUUACCAACAGAGGAAGACGGAUGGCAACAUUAGCUUGAAGAAGCUCCGUAUUAUUAUACCAAUGACUGGCAGUUCAUCCUGUUACAAAUUUAAGUCGUCGUGUGGUUAAUAUUUUAGGACGACCUAUUGUCGGGUAAUGUUACUUUUGAAUUGCCUUGGUCAUUUUAAGUUAACAUACUCGUCUAAAAGCUAUUUUAUGCUAACUAGCUUCAGUGCUAAAGCUACAACGGCUGGUUGUUAGCAGUUGUAAUAUUGAGAAAGAGAGAGAUAAAUGAACCCUCUAUAUUCUGUAUAGGGUUAAGUAUAAUGUGUUAGGUUAUGUUCCAGGAUUAUCCAGACAUAAUCACUUGCCCGCAUACCAAAAUAAGCAAUCUAGCUACGUUAGCUUGCUGCCUUGCUAGCAAGCCUAGUUUACUGUAAAGCCAGACAGUAACAUUGUUGACUUUUAGUAUGACCGCAUACCGCCCUAGUUAGACUAUUACACCUUACAUUGUUUAAAAUAGGACUCUAUAACCAGGACCGGUGUCGUGCCAAAAAGUGAACUGGUUGAACCCUUUACUCUAUCAUACCUGAAGCUACAGUCACUCUUUAUGGCUGGUUUAGGCUUUACUCCUGCUAGCGGUCAGGAUAUUUUCAGCAUUGAAACAACCGUACAAUCCAGCUCUAAAACCUGCAGUCUGCUCAAUGGGGGAGAGGCCAGACAGUUCUAUGAAAAUUUAAUGAAAGAUGAUGAAGGGCAAGAUGUACCAAGGAGUGCAAAGAGGAACCGAGAGUCUAGUAGGAGAGUGAGGAGGAGAGCCAGGGCUGCAGAGAUACAACAGGGUCAAGCCGAUUCAGUGGCACAUAGAGGGACUAGUGAUGAGGGUGAAGCCAACCAAAGAAGAGAGACAAGCAACUCAGAAAGGUCCGUGGAGCUCCUGGGGCUCAGGUUGCUGCGUUGUGCUCAUGAAGGGGACAUCUCUGCCCUCAAAGACCUCCUCUCAAAGGGGGUCGACAUCAACUUCCAGGAUACCUACUUCUGGACAGCGAUAAUGUGUGCAAGCUGGUCAGGACAAAGAGCUGCGGUGAAGCUGCUGCUGCAUCACGGAGCAGCCUGGGUCGGAGUGGUAGAUACACAGGGCAGGGAUGCCAAAGAUCUGGCACUGGAAGCGGGCCACAGUGAGGUGCUGGAGGCGUUUGAGAGUUAUGGAAGAAGUCCAAAGAGAGACUCACGAUCCAGUAGCAGUGCCUCACCGCCUCAGUGGUGUGGUGUGUGUCGUAGUGAAUACAGGUGCAGCCUUUCAUCACAUCUCUCCUCCACUCUACAUCAGUUCAGUCUGCGGCGUGCUCCCCCCACCCCCUACUACUGCCUCCCCCCUUCCAGCAACAGCUACAAGAUGAUGGUUCGCUGCGGCUGGAAACCAGGAACAGGACUGGGGCCAGAGGGAGAGGGGCCUCAACAGCCAGUGCCUACUGUGCUUAAGAGAGACCAGGAGGGCCUUGGGUACGGACAGACAAAAAGAGCCAAAGUGACUCACUUUAAACCCAGGGAUCAUGACGCAGUGAAACCACUUUCUAGGGAGAAAGGAGGAAAAGGACAGAGGAAGGAAGAAAGUAGGAGAAAAGAACAACAAGAUAAGACCUGGGAAAGAGAUUUUCGUGCCUCUUUUUAUCUUUGACACUUGCUCACAGUGACUUUUCUACAAACCCUCUCCCCCAAACACAUUAUCUCUAAAAAAAACAUUUAACAGAUCUAUUACAAAGACAUGUUCUACCUGUUUUUUUAUUAUUAUUUAAAGCUGUCGAGGUGUUUGCUCACAGAGCAAACUACCUCAAAGCUGACACUGUGUCAAUUUCUGUCUUCAUAUAUGUACACUGCCCACAGAUUGUGUAAUGACUAAAUGUGACACUGAUUGAUUCAACUUUUAUCCUGUUUACUCUGUGUGGACAAAUAAGCCGUGUUGACUGUUGAUCCACUGAGAUUGUUUCAGUUGGUUUGUCAAUAUGAUCAUAACAGUAAAGGAAAUAUUUUUUAUAUUU